AUGAUGAAAGUGAUUGCCGCCCUGUCCACCCUCCUCCUUCCUCCCGUCGUCCUCGCGGUGGUCGGUGGCCGAUGCUCCGGCUCCUGGGACACCAAGUGGUGCAUCUGCCUGGACCACAACGUCUGCAGAGACCAGUUUGGCGGCGACGCCCUCCAAGGCUCGCCCGGCAACUGGCCGUGCCCCAACGACCCCGACAACGUCAUGGGCUGUCGCAUCACCCGCAACUGUCCCACCAAAGACUUCCACACGGCCUGCUUGUGGCGCAAUAUGGUGUCUGCCCUGGUGGAAACGAUUUCGUUUGCUGUUAUUUCUGUGAGGGCAGUUUGUGCCCUCCAGCUUGACCACUGCGUAAUACCCGGAGCCACUCGAAGUGGGCCGUGGUUCGAGGUGACGGUCGAUGUGAGGGUGACUGGUUUCACCUACCGUGGGGAGUCAUGA